AUGUUGGAAUUUUGUAGUUUAUACAGCUUUCAUAGCAUUUAGUCGAUAAUAUGUUAAAGCAUUGACAUAUAUUGAUGUGGUAUGAUCUUUCCCAAUGAACCUAAGUGUUUGAGAAUCUUAUCUUGUAGAAGGAAGUGGUAGGAUGAAUGUUAAUUAAGCACGCAAAGAUCCUGGUGUGCCGUUCAUCUAGGAUGAUUGUGGUUUGGAUUCUUGUCUCUUGGCUAGUAUGCUUUGGAGUGAGUUCAGAUGGGUUGAGUGGAAAUGGGACGUCAAGGCCAGCUGUUGUAAACGUUGGAGCUAUUUUUACAUUUGACUCUACAAUUGGAAGAGUUGCCAAGAUUGCAAUUCAGGAGGCUGUCAAAGAUGUUAAUUCCAACUCUAGCGUCCUCCAAGGAACCAAACUUGUUGUGAAGUUGCAAAAUUCCAAUUGCAGUGGGUUUCUUGGCAUGGUCGGAGCCUUGAAAUUUAUGGAGACUGAUGUUGUUGCAGUAAUAGGACCACAAUCCUCUGUAGUGGCCCAUACGAUAUCCCAUGUUGCUAAUGAACUCCAAGUUCCAUUCUUAUCAUUUGCUGCUACUGAUCCCACACUCUCCUCUCUUCAGUUUCCUUAUUUUCUCAGGACAACUCAAAGUGAUCUGUACCAGAUGACUGCAAUAGCUGAGAUCAUAGAAUAUUAUGGUUGGAAGGAGGCGAUUGCGAUUUUUAUUGAUGAUGACUAUGGGAGAAAUGGUAUCUCUGCGUUAGACGAUACACUUGCAUCGAGGCGCUGUCGCAUCUCAUAUAAAGCAGGGAUUUCCCCUGGAGCUACUGUAACCCGAGGUGAUAUUAUGGAUGUUCUGGUAAAGGUUGCCCUAAUGGAAUCUAGAGUCAUUGUUCUACAUGCAUAUCCCAAGGUAGGGUUCAUGGUACUUUCAGUGGCACACUAUCUUGGAAUGAUGGGUGAUGGUUAUGUAUGGAUAUCCACAGAUUGGCUCAUCACUGUGUUAGAUUCGUCUUCUCCCCUUCCACUAGAAACUAUGGAUACCAUGCAAGGAGUUCUCGUUUUGCGUCAACACACUCCAGACUCUGAAAAUAAAAGAGCGUUUUCGUCUAGAUGGAACAAGUUGACAGGUGGCUUAUUAGGGCUAAAUUCCUAUGCACUUCAUGCAUAUGACACGGUUUGGCUAGUUGCACAUGCUAUAGAUUCAUUUUUUAAUCAGGGAGGGACUGUUUCGUUUUCUAAUGAUACUAAGUUGCAAUCAGUUGAAGGAAGUAAUCUUCACCUUGAAGCAAUGAGUAUUUUUGAUGGUGGGCCACUUCUGCUGAAGAACUUAUUGCAAAGUGAUUUUAUCGGUUUGACGGGGCCAUUCAAGUUUACUCAUGACAACUCUCUUAUUCGUCCUGCAUAUGAUAUCAUAAAUGUAAUUGGAACAGGUUUUCGGCGUGUUGGUUACUGGUCUAACUAUUCUGGCUUGUCCAUCUUGCCUCCUGAGACCUUUUACUCGAGUCCACCUAAUCGUUCAAGUGCAAACCAAAAGCUUUAUAGUGUUGUAUGGCCUGGAAAUAAUGUUCAAAAACCUCGUGGAUGGGUUUUUCCAAACAAUGGUAAGCAACUGAGAAUAGGGGUGCCCAUCCGAGUUAGUUACCGGGAAUUUGUGUCUCAAAUUCAAGGCACUAACAAUUUUAAAGGUUUUUGCAUUGAUGUAUUCACUGCUGCUGUAAACUUAUUGCCAUAUGCUGUUCCACAUCAAUUUGUCCCCUAUGGAAACGGGCAUGAAAAUCCAAGCUACACCGAUAUGGUGAAGCUAAUCACAGCCGGGAAAUUUGAUGGUGUUGUUGGUGAUAUUGCAAUAGUUACGAAUCGGACUAGAAUUGUCGAUUUCACACAGCCAUAUGUCGCAUCUGGACUUGUUGUUGUGGCUCCAUUCCAAAAGUUGAAUUCAGGUGGUUGGGCCUUCCUAAGACCCUUUUCCGCUCAAAUGUGGGGAGUUAUCACUAUUUUCUUUCUCUUUGUUGGGAUGGUAGUGUGGAUUUUAGAGCACCGAACCAAUGACGAGUUUCGUGGGCCGCCCAAACAGCAGUUGAUAACGAUUCUAUGGUUCAGCCUUUCAACUCUCUUUUUCGCCCAUAGAGAGAAUACUGUAAGUACGCUUGGUCGCAUGGUGCUGAUCAUAUGGCUCUUUGUGGUUUUGAUAAUAAAUUCAAGUUACACGGCAAGUUUGACCUCCAUCCUCACUGUGCAACAACUAUAUUCUCCUAUUAAAGGAAUCGAAAGCUUGAAAGAAAUUGAUGAACCUAUCGGGUUCCAAGUGGGUUCUUUUGCAGAACGGUAUUUGGAGGAAAUUGGUAUACCAAAAUCCAGACUUGUUGCCCUUGGAUCACCGGAACAAUAUGCUACAGCACUUCAACGUGGUCCUGCAAAAGGGGGCGUAGCUGCAGUAGUGGAUGAAAGACCAUAUGUAGAACUUUUCCUGUCAAAUCAGUGCAAAUUCAGGAUUGUAGGUCAAGAAUUCACCAAAAGUGGAUGGGGUUUUGCAUUUCCUCGGGACUCUCCCUUAGCUGUCGACUUGUCAACUGCAAUUUUAACACUCUCGGAGAAUGGAGAUCUCCAACGGAUACAUGACAAGUGGUUAGCAAGAAGUGCAUGCAGUUUAGACAAUGCUGAGCUUGAAUCAGAUCGCCUUCACUUGAGAAGCUUUUCAGGCCUCUUUCUUAUAUGUGGGAUUGCAUGCUUCAUUGCUCUCCUAAUAUAUUUCCUCCAGAUUCUGCGUAAAUUUCGCCGGACUUCCAAAGCUGAAGUUGUUUCAGAUGGUCAGAAUAAUACUUCGCGUUCUAAACGUCUUCGAACUUUAUUGUCACUUAUUGAUGAGAAAUCAGAUAAAUCGAAUAGAGGCAGUAAGAGAAGGAAAAUAGACAGAUCAGUUUCUGAUGACAACAUCGAAAGUGACUUGGGAAGGGAUUCCAGAUGUAGAGAAUCACAGGUUUCUUCUCAGAAUGAAAUUCAUUAGUUCAGUUAUGCUAGCCUACAUUUCUUAUGGGGUUCUCAGCAAGUUUCAAUUUUGAGUAAUUUAAUCAGUAAUCACUUCAAAGAUCGGUCAAUCACUUAGUUAUGUUUUAUAGAUGAUAGAAUUGUUUUUAUACAUCAUAUAUAAGAUUCCAUGUCAACUGUAAAUUAGCACAAUCUUUACAUAAUCAAUAGCAUUUCUUGUUCUGGGAAGAGUGAUGGAACUAAAGUUUGCUUCAA